UUCCUUUCCUUCCACAAGUUUCAUAAUAUCUCUUAUAUAACCCAUAUCUCCAAGCCUCUCGAAAUGUUCUUCUCCGUUAACGGCCAUGUCAACUACAACUAUCGUCCCUCUCCGUCGCAGUUCUAACUCUCUCAAUGAAUACCACACUAACGCAGUCGCCUUUGACGGAAUCGUCGGGUCAGCAAGUACUAGCCAAAUGGAGGAGAUUGUUACGCAAACCGACGACUGCUACGCCAACCCCAACGGAGAUGGAGGGAGAAGCAAGACGUCGUUAAUGACGUGGAGGAUGUGCAAUCCUGUCCACGUGGUGAGAGUCCAUUGGAUACCGUGUUUGUUAGCGGUAGGAGUUCUGUUCUUCACGUGCGUAGAGGAGUACAUGCUCCAAAUGAUUCCGGCAAGUUCUGAGCCGUUCGAUAUUGGUUUUGUGGCGACGCGCUCUCUGUAUCGCCUCUUGGCUUCUUCACCGGAUCUUAAUACCGUUUUAGCUGCUCUCAACACGGUGUUUGUAGGGAUGCAAACGACGUAUAUUUUAUGGACAUGGUUGGUGGAAGGACGACCACGAGCGACCAUCUCGGCUUGCUUCAUGUUUACUUGCCGUGGCAUUCUGGGUUACUCUACUCAGCUCCCUCUUCCUCAGGAUUUUCUAGGAUCAGGGGUAGAUUUUCCGGUAGGAAACGUCUCGUUCUUCCUCUUCUACUCAGGCCAUGUCGCAGGGUCGACGAUAGCAUCCUUGGAUAUGAGGAGAAUGAAGAGGUUGAGACUUGCCUUGCUUUUUGACAUCCUCAAUGUAUUACAAUCGAUCAGGCUUCUCGGGACGAGAGGACAAUACACGAUCGAUCUCGCUGUCGGAGUUGGCGCUGGGGUUCUCUUUGACUCACUGGCUGGAAAAUACGAAGAGAUGAUGAGCAAGAGACACAAUGUAGGCAAUGGUUUUAGUUUGAUUUCGUCUCGCUAGUUAUUAAUUUUUGUUUUUUUUUUUUAUGUUUUUAGUCUGGACAUAUUUAAUUUAGUUGAAAUCUAAUGACUUAAUUUUACUUUCUUUCAAAAUGGUCUAACUGAAUACGGACCUAACUAAAUGUGUACGUUAUUGUGUAGUUACCAUAGAGGUUUCGUAUUGUCUUGAGCCUGAUAUUUUGAUUUUAGAGCUCGUUUAUACGGUAGCUAAUAAUAA